AUGACAGCUCAGUUACUGACUUCAGAAUUGGGGAAUCUUAUACAGGAGAGCAAGAGAAAACAUGCUGAUCUUAGAAACGCCGCCGAAAAAUCAUUGGAGGAGCUGAAAACCCUGCGGCUAUCCUCUGAGGCUCAAGUAGCUGCCGAUCUUUCCCUUCGGCUUCAAUUCGUAAACCCAUUUAUUAUUGCCUGUGGAACAAAGAAUGUCAAAUACACAAGCAUCGCGAUUGUUUGCUUGCAGAGAUUAGCCGUAUCACGUGCACUGCCAAAAUCAAGACUAGGUGAAAUAUUGGAGGCAUUUCGAGGAGCUAGUCCGGCCGGCUUAGAUGUUCAGCUUAAAAUCCUUCAAGCACUGCCAUCUCUACUUCAAAACUAUGCAAAUGAUCUGACGGGAGACUUAAUAGCAACUGCAUUAAGUAUCUGCACUAUCUUGCAAGGAAGCAAGAAUGGAAUUGUUACCAACACAGCAGCAGCAACUUUACAACAGCUUGUGCUUACUAUUUUUGAAAAAGUUGUCACUGAGGAUAAAAUCUCCAAAGAGGCUCCAAUCGCGGGCGAAGCUCCCAGUGAGAAUGGACCAAUACCGCUUCGCGCAGCAGCCCUUGAUGCUUGCAGACUAUUCAAUGAUUUAUGUCUAAUGACUGAAUCUCAAAGACCACUUUUUCUUAGAUCAGCAAGCAUUCCAAAGACAUUUGGCCUAGAAUUAAUUGAAUCAGUCUUGACCAAUCACUCUCAGGUUUUCUUGACCCAUCAGGAACAAGCUAGUAUUCUUCGAUCCAGGGUAAUGCCGUUUAUCAUCAGCUCCCUCUCCGAGAAGCUGAACUUUGCAGUUACCGUGAGAAUAACACGAAUCCUGUACUCACUACUACGGUUUAAUCUCAGCAUUCUAUCUACUGAGGGCGAGAUGGCUUUAGGUCUUCUUACAUACAUGCUCGACCAUGAUACAGCACUAUGGAAACGGUCCCUGUGUAUGGAAGUUCUCAGAGGAUUAUUCUCUGACGCGGCACUUAUUAGACAAAUUUUCGCGAUGUAUGAUGCCCAGGAGGGAAGGAAACCAAUUUUACGAGACCUUGUGGCAGCAUUAGUCCGGAUAAGCUCAGAAAAGCCAUCUAUAAUAGGUUUGGGCCUACAGUCUUCUAUUCCAUUCGCAAACCACGGCAAUAGCAGUGAUACGGACCAGGCGAUGCUCGAAGCAAGCGGUGUUCCAGGAAUAAUUGGAAGCGCUGUAAGCUCAAGUGACCCAGGAGUCGGUAUUAGCACACAGUGGAGUACUAUGCGGCUUCCAUGCAUUGAACAACUAGAUAAAACAGACCCACCAUUGGUUCCUGUAACAUAUAUUUACAGCUUAACGCUAGCUUGCAUUAACGGCUUUUCAGAGGGACUCGCAAAAUUUAUUCUUCCUCUAACUGCUUCUGAAAGGUCGUCAUCAAAGCUUAAACUGCCCGAAAGCAAGCUUAAGGAAUUUGAUCCAAAUCUAUCACCCAAAGAUACAAAGGUAGAGCUGGAGAAACCAACUUUUACCAAGAAAAAUACAAUUUGGGUCAAUCCAUUGACUCUAACUAGUCACCAUCUGUUUCAUGAAAUUAAAAUAUGCGCAGGCAUUGUGGAUCAGUGCUGGCCUGCUAUACUAGCCAGCUGCUCAACCUUUUUGUACUCUGCACUAGAUGCAGAAUAUUAUCAUAGCCUUGUUAGAUCUUUUCAGAAAUUCACUCAUGUUGCUGGGCUCCUGCAUCUUUCAACACCCAGAGAUGCAUUUCUCACGACAUUAGGAAAAGCUGCCGUUCCUCCAAACCUUCUAGUUUCGAAUCUACCUGUCACAUCUCUUCCCGCGAUUCAACAUGUAGAAAAACAAGGCAUCCUAAGCAAUGCGAAAGGAUUGCUCAGUGGAGAAAGUCUAAUUCAGGAAAAAGGACGACAACCAUCUAUAGAGCCCACAUCUGCAUCCCUUAAUACAAGAAAUUUACUAUGCCUAAGGGCUUUAUUGAAUUUAGGCAUUGCCUUGGGGCCGACCCUGAGCUCAGGUUGGGAAAUUAUUCUUGGCACUCUCCAAAAUGCUGAUCUAGUCAUGCUAUCAAACUCUAUACCGGGAUCCACGGUUGCUAUCCAUAAGACUGAAAACCAGAGUAUUAACGAAAACGCUAUUACUCUCUCGGCUAACCUCGGGUCCGAGAUUAAGGCUGUAGAAACAGCUGCAGCGAGACUGAUCGAGAGCACAACGGAUUACCCUAACAAUGCUUUUUUAGAAGUAAUAAUAGCUCUAUCUUCCCUUUUAAAGGAUGAAACCUACAUAAUCCAAAGUGAAGAUCAAAAGCCCCAAGUAGCUUCUCAGAUAAAGGCGCAGACGCAUUCACGUAACAGAAAUACAAGUGUCGUCAUUUCACCUAUAAUUCAUAGUCAGAAAGAUCUAUUUGCACUAAAAAAAAUUGGAGAUGUUGCAAGUAUCAAUAUUAAUCGAUUGAUAUCGCACCCUGCAGAUAUCGGCGGAUGGGAUGUUAUUACAUCUGAAUUAAUACUAGCAUCAUGCUCGUCUACAGCUCCAGCGUCAGUCAGACUAGCAGCAGCUGAAAUUUUGACAAGUCUUAUUCUAGAAGCAGCAACAACAGCCAUCCCUCUUUCAAUCACUGAGAAUAGCGUCAUUCAACUACGGUUUCUUGACACUCUAAGAAAUUCUUUGCAAUCUCUAAGCUCUGUUGAGCGAGAAAUGUCAGUAGCUGUUCAUUCCACCGAUGUCAAUGUUCACAAAAUUAUCUUGGAAGGCUUAAAAAGUAUACUAGAACAAUGUGGGGAAUGUCUUUUGAAUGGUUGGGAUAUUGUUUUCGCCAUAAUUGGUAGUGUUUUUGUCACGGACAGCCUCAAAGUCGGCUCUACCACGAUAGAAUCCAAUGUGACAAAAACUCAUUCAGCAAAGCUUACGAGAUCUUCUUUCAAUUCUCUCGAACUUAUCUGCUCUGAUUUCCUCUCGUCAUUCCCUAACCGAUGCUUUAUAAUUCUAGUUGAUACCCUUUAUAAUUUUUGUACUCAGAAUGAUGAUUUGAAUAUAUCUCUUACGACGGUGACUUUCUUUUGGGUUUUAUCAGACUUUAUCUCUGGACGCACAAACUUUUUUUCCUGGAGCGCUGAUUUGGUUUGUGGUUCUGAAGUUCCAGACUUUAUUAAGAUGGCAGGGGGCGAGGAUCUUGCUGUCUCAGAUGCUGCAUUAUGGAUGUUAUUGUUACUAAGACUUGCAGCGGUGACUACGGAUGAUCGUCUUGAAUUGAGGAAUAGUGCUAUACAAACACUUCUUCGAAUAUUCGAUGCUUAUGGAGAUCGAUUAAGUUCCAAUGCCUGGGCAAUUUGUUUAGAAUCUGUAAUAUUUAAUCUACUCUUUUCUAUCGAAGAGAGGCUCAAGUCAACAACUGAAGAUUCUGAAAAUUUUGUUUCAGAUAAAGACAAGACCGGUUGGCACGGAACUACUGUAGUUAUCCUUACUGGGCUCACCAAUCUUUUUGCAGAUUAUAUAGAUGUACUUUCUAUUCACUCUUCUUUUGGUAAAUCAUGGCAAACUCUACUACAGCAUUUCAAUAGACUACUCGAGUUCCAGAUCCUCGAUAUUAACACUGCAGUAUUUAAUGCUUUACGACAAAUAUUAUCUAAAGGGAAUCUUCAUGAAAGUUGUGCGACAAAUUUUGAUGCCAGCGCUGUCAAUCAGGCCUGGGAUCUUUGGUCCAAAUCUUUACCAAUCUCUUCGCUCAAAACAGACAAAAAAAACACAGAUAAUCAGCAGUGUUUAGUGGCAUAUGUUUCAGCAUUGGAAGAAAUUUAUCGCUUGAUUCAGUUUAGGCUCGAUACAUCCAAAGUAAAAACAAUGCUUGCACUCCUUCAACAGGCAGUAAGACAUGCAAAUAUUACAACAUACUCCGCCGAUAUUGAUCACCUUACCCCCUUACAAUCAAAAGUUGUGGAUUUAUUCAAGAUGAUGCGUUCAGAUGUUAAGGGGGUGCCUUCCCUGCUAAUACGGCAGGUGGCAGAGAUUGUGGAACUAGCCUUUGAGCCUAGCAAUAUGACAGGAUCUAAGCAUGGACAACCUACUUUUGUGGCGCUAUCAAAAUCUUCAAUGGAUAUUCUAGAAAGACUGAUAGUGACACAUUCUUCGGAUCAAGAAAUAUAUACAUCUGGUGCUAUUUCAGAGUCUCUUGAAGCUUUUAAAACUCCUAUAGUUCUGAAAUAUUCUUUUCCUAUCAUAACAAAAAGUCUUCCGCCUUGGCAGCAAGCAACAACAUCGGUCCUUUCUUCCUUAAAAUCAAUCAUACCGUUUAUCAAUAACUCAAAUUUAAAUGAUGAGAUAGUACAAGUAGUAUGGUCAUCCAUAGUUGAAAUCGGCAAUGGCAUCAUAAAAGCUGAUUGUACAGGAUUCGAAGAAGAUACAAGGAUCAAAAUUGAUGAAAAAUAUGAUAUUGAAUGUUUCCUUGCUCUUCGCAAGCUCAUGACCCCAGCUUUAGGAUCACUCAUAAUUUCUGAUGAAACACGCCGAGCAUACACAGAAUGUCUGUUUCAAAUGUCGCUGGUUCAUACGCCCCUCCUUUAUGAACUACCUUACUCUCAUCAAGAAAUACUGGCUAUCCUCUCACAACCCCAAAAAGGACAAACUGUUGAUAUAACUCCGUCGUGCCGCUCAAAAAUGAGUUACGUAUGCUUUGAUGAGUUAGUGUCUCUAACUCGUAUACACGAUGGCUCAGAAGCGAGAAUAAAGCUUGCUCAAGCUGCUGCACCUUACUUAAUACUAAGAACUGGUCUAACGCUUCGAUCUUUUAUUGCUGACCAACCAUUACGUGGUCUAAUGCCUCAACCCUUGACUCAACGAAAUGAAUUAAUAUAUAUACUCAGAGCGCUAGUAUGCCUGAGAUGUGAGCCUAGAGCAAUACCAUACAGCACAGGUGUAGAUAGAGGAGAGAGAAAGCAUUUAGACAAAUUAUAUAUCCUGUUCGUCAAGGCAGUGCAAGUGGCAGUGCAGGAUCAAGAGCUACUACAGUGCCUCACACAAGCUCUUGAUGUAAUUGGCAAUGAUUCUGAGCCAUAG